CUUUAUUUGAAAAAUGAACGCCGGUGGAAGCGCGCGGACGUGUCAUGGCGCGCGAAAACACGUAAUGAACAAUUUAGAAAAUCACGCGUCUUUUUAAAACAAUUUACCAAAGUUUUAGUGUUUGUGUGUGAAUAGAAAACAAUGAAUUGUUAUUUAAUUAUUUAGAAAAAAGGUGUAUAAAAUUCAAAUCAGUGUUAUUUAUGGACUAUUUCGAGUAAGAGAUAACAAUGGACGAUGCUCGUUUCGAAGAAGCCCCGAUAAAAAAGGUUACAACCAGCAACGACUACCGCGCGCCCCGACGGUUGGAGCACUUGGACGAGAUUGGACAAAACUUGGAACUGCUAGGAAAGAAAGUCGGCCGUAGGUUCGACAAUAAAGUCGGACCAGCCAACCUGGAUACAAUAAGCUUUGAGAGCGAGAAUCUGAAGACUAGCCAUAGCGAGAGCUCUUCUAGACGGAAUAGUGAUGAUGGGGGCCGAGCUGAGAGGCUCAGAGCUGACGGUACCAGCUCAGAGCCUCCAACAGCGAGCGUGACAAACUUCAACGCGUGGGGAGAACUGAACAGCUCCACCUCCACAACUCGGACUGAACUCAGUCUAUCUGAUGGGGGAGAUGAACAGACGACAAAUACCCGUCGCCGAAGUCACGAGUCUGCUCUACCAGGCACGCCGAUGCACCAGCGGCCGCCGUGGAAGUCAGCGGACAGUCUAGUGCCCGAGUCGGCGUUUGGAACCUCCCUGGCUGACAUUAUGGAGAGCCCUGCUAAUAAGAACAUGCCGUUUGGUAGCUACGAUGAGAAAAAGGUCCACCUUCGAGAUGACAUCAAAUCCAUCCGCUCAGACAGUUCUGAAGAGAAGAAGUCCCGAGGGUGGAGGUUCGUGAGGAACGUGACGUCUGCCGCCGGUGCCUUCACUGCAAAGCCUAAGGAUGCUUCCACCACGUUGCCUGGGACUCCUCAGCCAAGUUUCCAGUCCAAACCGGACAGCAAGAACUCUGACUACGGCAAGGACGACAAGAAACCAUCGUUGCCAUUCUAUCCGAAUGAAAAAGAUGAAAAUGUUGGAGAAACGAAUUCAGAAGGUUUAGAACCAGAAUCUCUAUUGUUCCGGGACGGGAGAAGAAGAAUAGACAUGGUGUUAGCGUAUGAAGAAGAAGAUUAUGGAGUUAUGACAGAGAACGAAGCGAGAAAGAGAGAGCACAGAAGAACAUUCCAAGAAAACCUAGUAAAAGAAGGUCUAGAAUUAGAAUUAGAAAAUAAAUGUUUAUCCUUUGACGAGAAGACGUGGUUCCUCAAGAUCCACAUACCGUGGAAGACGGAAAUGAGGUUGGCGGAGGUGAUCGGAAUGAAGCUGCCUACGAGACGAUUUAUCACAAUAUCAGUAAGAGCAUGGAGUGAUGAGAAGCAAGCCGAGAAAGAUAAGCACUGGUACUCAAAAUGGCGUCGGCGGUGGAAACAGUUGUAUGAAUAUGAACAUACUAGAAUCACCCCGGAACCGUCAUUCUAUGGGGCUGCUGAAGAACGUGGGGCCAGACGGGAGGAAAUAUUCCUAGUAAAAGAUCGGCACACACAGUUCUCACCAGCACAGAGGAGUCUACUAGUCAUGCAGAUAUUACUGCGAGCCAAAUAUGACAACAAUGAAACCAAGAUGGGAAUCCGCCGUCUCCUAAACGACGGUACCUACACAGCGUGCUUCCCUCUGCACGAAGGAAGAUAUGAAGUGAACAUGUCUGAUGGGACCGUUACUGAUAGAAGACUUUUAUAUCUAGAAUGGGCUCGACCAGCGAAAUGGUAUAAAAAGCAGCCUCUUUGGCUGGUCCGAAGGUAUUUCGGUGAUAAGAUCGGCCUCUACUUCUGUUGGCUGGGUUUCUAUACAAAGAUGCUGUAUGCCCCAGCCAUAGUAGGGACCCUCUGCUUCCUAUACGGAUUGGCCAGCAUGGACUCUGAAGAUAAUAUUCCUAGUAAAGAGAUUUGUGACACAAAAGGGCCUGGCAACACGACCCUCUGUCCUCUCUGCGAUAAGGCCUGCCAAUACCAGACCCUCUCAGACUCCUGUCUCUUCGCCAAGCUGACCUACCUAUUCGACAACCCUGCUACCGUCUUCUUUGCCAUAUUUAUGUCUUUUUGGGCGACAACAUUCCUUGAGCUUUGGAAACGAAAGCAGUCGGUGUUACGAUGGGAGUGGGAUAUGGGUGGUGUCGAUCAGGAUGAAGACCCUAGGCCAGAAUUCGAGGCUUCAGUGAAGACAUUCCGAACGAACCCAGUGACGAGAGAGAAGGAGCCAUACCUACCCAACUGGCAGAAAACUGUGAAAUAUGUAGCUAGCAGCUCUGCUGUGCUAUUCAUGAUCGCGAUAGUAAUGGGGGCUGUACUGGGCACCAUUAUCUACAGGAUAUCCAUGGUGUCGGUCAUCUACGGCGGCACGGGAAUCUUCAUCCAGCGCCACGCCAAGAUCUUCACCACCAUGACUGCUGCCAUCAUCAAUUUAAUCAUCAUCAUGAUUUUGACUAGGAUAUACGCAAAAAUAGCAGUGUACCUAACGAACAUGGAGAAUCCUCGCACACAGACAGAGUAUGAAGAUUCCUACACGUUCAAGAUAUUCUUCUUUGAGUUCAUGAACUUCUACUCUUCUCUCAUCUACAUUGCCUUCUUCAAAGGCCGUUUCUACGACUACCCAGGCGAUGAUCAAGCGAGAAAGUCGGAAUUUUUCAAACUCAAAGGCGACAUCUGCGACCCGGCGGGCUGCUUGUCCGAGCUGUGUAUACAGCUGGCAAUCAUCAUGAUCGGCAAACAAUUCGUCAACAAUUUUGUCGAGCUCGGCUACCCGAAAUUCCACAACUGGUGGCGGCAGAGGUCUCAUAGAGCAGUGACCAGGGACCUUAGCAAGCCGCACAUGGCUUGGGAACAAGACUAUCACCUGCAGGACCCUGGGAGGCUGGCGUUGUUUGAUGAGUACCUGGAAAUGAUUCUUCAAUACGGCUUCGUAACUCUGUUCGUGGCUGCGUUCCCCCUCGCUCCCCUGUUUGCUCUACUCAACAACAUCGCGGAGAUACGACUGGACGCUUACAAGAUGGUGACCCAAGCUCGAAGGCCGUUGGCUGAGCGAGUCGAAGAUAUUGGAGCUUGGUACGGCAUUCUGAAAGGCAUCACGUACGCUGCCGUCGUAUCAAAUGCCUUCGUGAUAGCCUACACCAGUGACUUCAUACCUCGUAUGGUGUAUAAAUACGUGUAUUCACCUGACAAUACAUUAGCUGGAUACAUCGAUCACUCUUUGUCUCUAUUCAACACAUCAGACUACCAAGAGGAUUGGGGGGCUGAUGAGAACGAGGUGGACCCCCCAGUAUGUGCCUACCGAGGAUACAGGAACCCGCCAGACCAUGCUGACCCGUAUGGCUUAUCUCCUCACUAUUGGCACGUGUUCGCUGCUCGACUGGCGUUCGUUGUCGUUUUUGAGCACGUGGUCUUCGGCCUAACAGGUCUUAUGCAGCUCUUCAUACCAGAUGUACCGAGUGAAUUACGGACUCAGAUGCAAAGGGAAGCUCUUCUGGCCAAGGAAGCGAAGUAUGAACAUGGGAGGAGAAGGUUAUCUACUGAGUACCGACAGCUGUUGACGCAGAAGAGUGACGGUGGAACUGAAAAGCCUACAGGUGGUGCUUGGCUUAGACGAGCAUCGCGCGCAUCAGAUGUCCUGGACGCUCACAUAUCAGUCUCCCAAAGACCCACCUCACCUCGGAUAGUUCACUGACAAAGGAUUAAUUAGUUUCCUAAUAAUUUAGAAACAAAUACAUUAACAGGGAUGAUGACUGGGUCAAAAAUUAAUUAUUACAACUUUUCAAUACAAUAAAAUAUUAAAAAAUAAUCACACUCUCAUUCAUAAAUUUUAUGAACUACUUAAUUUUCGUUUUUUUCUAGCUAAAUUUCUAGAAAUAAGUCUGCUAUUUAACGUAAAAAUCUGAUGACGUCAUAAUAGAGUAUUUCAUACAAAGUUCAUAGAAAAUAUCGUUUUUGACGUUUCGAAAAAAGUAUUGAAUUUGAGUAGUAGGAAACUAGCCUAUUCUGGAUAUUACAUGGGUACACAUCGAGCUAUUAAACCAGUAUAAACUGGCCGUCAAAUGUGCGGAAAGA